GUUGCAUUCUACCAGACAACCAGUAAGUGUUGGGCACUGAACUGUUUAGUGCGCCUAACGGGAUAAGGAUAGAUGGCUUGGAGCAGACAGGUCAAGAUUCGCAAGGUGCUUCGAAUAACAAAUAGUUCAGUUAAGUAUCUGAAAUGGAUCAUUUAUUAGAAGUAAUUCACAUUGGAUGUAAUUAUUUAUUUUUAUAAGAGAAAAGCUUUUUAAAACUAGCGCUCGUAUGGCUGUCCCGAACGUGGAUACAUUGUAUCUGAUUCUGACCAACUAACUUCUGUUCAUGGAAACAAUUCAGCAACAAUUGUAUCGAACGGAUUACAGUCGAUAUUGUUGAGUUGGAAAUUCGGGAAUAUAACUCUAAUUUGAAAGCGAGUGUAUUUUGGAAGUUGCCUGAUGUCUAAUGCCAUUGGACGAGAAUAACUUUUCUCCACGUCGUGCUUCUUUACGAAAACCUGUCAGAAGUUAACAAACUGUCUGAACGGACAAAUUCUUAGUUGUCUUCAUCACCAUGAGAAAGUGUGGAUUCCAGUGUCAAAUACCACGAUGGACUGAGUAUAUUUGUCACAAAUAGUUUAUUUUGAGAAUAGUGCCUUACCGUGCUUUAUAGGGAGCACUUUGACAUAUAAUAUAGCCUACAUCUGAACAAAGUCGUGAUGAUUUCGGAGGAACGAAGUAGUCAUGUAUCCAAGCAAGCCCUCAACUUUCCAGUGGGCCUAUUGAUCCGCUCCCCGAAGAAGAGCCUGGCAAAGCUGGGGAGGAAGCCAAGCAAUGGAUCCCUGCAGUCCAACACCUCGGAUGGCACCACCCAUUCAGCAGAGAGUACAGGCGUGAGGCAGCCGGCCAAGAACAAAAUCCGCCGCCACAACAACAAACUGUCGACGGUGUUCAACCAGAGCCCCCUCCUGCGGGGCGACAGUGGGCAGGGGCAUGCCCCAGGUGGCAGGAGCAUGGCGGGGGACCUGCAGGCUGCAGAUGACCCUGCUGAGCUGUCCAGUCAGAUGUCUGCCCCAGGUAUCCUAAAGAUCUUUGGCAGCGACAUUUGCCAGGGAACCAACUACAAGAGCGUGCUGGCCACAACUCGCUCCAGUGCCAAGGAACUUGUCAAAGAGGCCCUGGAGAGAUACUGUCUGGAGAAAGAGGAUCCCAGUCAAUAUGUGCUGUGCGACGUGAUUGGCCAGACCGGAGCAGACCACCAAUGGAAGACAGAGUGCUUUCGAGUCGUGGGUGACCACGAGAAGCCCCUCAUGCUGCAGUCGCAUUGGAAACCCAAAGAAGGCUUCUCCAGACGCUUUGAGAUCCAGAAGAGAGUGAGCGUAGAGGAACAGAGUGCUAAAGAGACCGACACCGUCACAGCAGGUAUCAACGCCCAGGCUCGUAAGCUCCAUAAGGGCCGUUCGCGGGUCACCUCUCUGUUCAUGGACGGCAGUGGUGAGGAUGUGGAGGGCCUGGGGAUGUGGAGGAGUCUCAGUGAGAUGGACCUGUCUGCCAUGAAGAAGGAGGCUGUGCAGGCCCAGCAGAAGGCCCAGCUCAUCAGGGAGGACCCGGAGGCCGAGGCCGACAAGGAGGCCCUGCGUCUGGGCAUGGAGAAGGAGGAGACGGAGAGCAGUGACGACAACACCACCCAGUACUCCAUCCACCCGCCCUUUGACUUCCCCUACUUCCUGCUGCUGCAGGGAUACAGCUACAGACAGGACUUUGUCAUCUACCUGAUGAGCGGCACCACCACCAUCUUCGGCUGCUGCAGGGAGCACUGUAACGGAGAGGACGAGGAAAGGCUCAAGGUGGACAUCCUCCUCUUUGCCCCGGACAUUCUUCCCCAGCACUGCUGUGUCAGGCGCCUGGACUCUACCAACUCCUCCCCGGGUGACACCAAGCGGACUCUGACGCUGCUGAAGCCCCUCCACGGCGCCCCCGUCACCCAGAAUGGUUUCCUCCUGAAGGAGGAGGUGGAGCUGACCCCUGGGGACCUGGUGGGUCUGGGCCAACACUACCUGUUCAUGUUUAAGGACCCUACCGCCGCCCCAGGGGCCCCACAGACCCCUCUCUGGAUGAAACAACUUUCUCCCGCCCAUGACGGAGGAGUGGGAGUGUCAUCCUCCUGUCAAUCAUGUGGCUCCGCCCUCCGCAUGAAAUGGCCUAGGGUCCAGAGGAAGUCGGCUCCUCCUCGGUGGAAGGACCCAGAGGGUGGAGAGGUAUCGCUGAGCUAUGAGUUGGAGCAGGAGGACAGGGUCCUGCAGGAGGUCCUGGUCAUGGUGGACCCCAAUGGGGACGAGGCCAAACUGACCCCUGCCUUCCUGCUGAGCCUGUCCAUCCAACACUCAGCCACCACGUUCCAGCUGACACACUUCCGAAGGUUGCUGCUCCGCAUAGCCAGUCAGAUCCAGCUCACCAUGUGGGAGAAGACAAAGGAGCUUGCUGUGAUCCAACCAGAAAGGAGCUUCAGUGAUGUCCAGCAGGAGCCAGAGGAUGUGCAGCUGCUGAGCAUAGAGGAGCUGAUCCCAGGCCUGCGGCCGCUGGUGCUAUGGAUGGCCAACUCCAUCGAGCUACUGCACUUCAUCCAGCAUGACGUUCCCCAGCUGCUGCCCUGGAGGCAGGAGGAAGAGGAGGAGGAGGGCUCAGAGCCGGAGUCAGAGAUGUGGUCCACUAGGACUGCCAGUGAGGAGGCCAUGACGGUCCUAGAGGAGGUCAUCAUGUUCACCUUCCAGCAGUCUGUCUAUUACCUCACCAAGAGUAUGUACUCGGCACUGCCAGGCCUGCUGGAUGGGAACCCGUUCUCGGAGAGCGGGCAGCUGCGUGUGCCCAAGGGCGUGAGCGGCAUCCUGGAUGUCCUGAAGGAGGCGCUGUCUCUGCUCAACGCCUUCCAGGUGCACUCUGACAUCAGCUCGCAGCUCUGCGCCUACCUCUUCUUCUUCACCAAUGCAUCCCUCUUCAACGCACUCAUGGAGAGAGGCUCUGGAGGUGGGUUCUACCAGUGGUCUAGAGGGGUCCAGAUCAGGGCCAACCUGGACCUGCUGAUGGACUGGAUACAGGGAAUGGGCCUAGGGGACCUGGCUGUGGACUUCUUCCAGAAGCUCUCUGCUGCUGUCAAUCUGCUGGCAACGCCCAAGGAGAACCUACUACAGGCAUCAUGGAGCUCUCUGAGGACUGAGUUCAUGCCUCUGAACCCAGCCCAACUGCACCACAUGCUGAGGGAGUAUAACCCAGGCAGGGCCCGUCCUGCAGACUGGAACCCCUCGCCAGACGAGGCAGAGGCUGCCCUCAGGACCACUGACAUCCUGGAGAGUUUCGACAACCACCCUCCCCUUAUCCUGCCUAGCAACACCUUCCACCUGGAGUUGGGUAAACCAAUCACGGAGCCCGCUCUGUUUGAGAAGCUCGGCUAUCUGCAGGACUUCAUCCGUAGCCUCCCCACCAGUCAAACAACACAGAAGGCACUCAGCGGAACAGCUACAGACGCCAAGUCUGCGACCUUGCGCUCCUCGCCCUCUGUCACAGUGGUGGUACCUGACCCAGUUCCCUGCCCCUCGCUCAGGGCAGAGGUGGACUUUUUGAGCCCUGCGGCGCCCCCUCAGGCCCGGGGGUCUCAUAGUGACCUAAGCUGCUGCCUGGCAGAGGCAGUGCUGACCCACAAGCUGAAGAGUCUGGAGCUGCAGAACGCCCUACCUAGGAGUGACCAGGCUGACCUGGGAUGCCACAAGAGCCUGGCUCUGGACCCCUCCUGCCUGCUGACGCCCCCCAACACACCGCAGGGCAUGGAGCUGUCUCAGUCUGAGCUGGAGGCAGACCUGCAGGAGGGAGCAGCACGGCAGCACAGGAAAGCAGGCAGCUGCCCAAGGGACUAUUCUGAGAGAAGGAAUGGGAAUGUGGAGGAAGAUAAUGUGGAGGAAGAGGAGGAGAAAGAGAGGGAUGAAGUGUUUACUGUGGAGCUACACAGAGGACCUCAUGGUCUAGGCCUGGCACUGGUGGAUGGAAUGAAAACCCCUCUGAAGAUGACUGGGAUCUAUAUCAAGUCAGUGGUACCAGAGUCCCCAGCCGCCCAGUGCCAGAAGCUGAGGUUGGGAGAUCGUAUACUGGCUGUGAACGGCAUCAGUCUGGUGGGCAUGGAAUACCACAUUGGUAGAGAGCUCAUUCGUUCAUCUGGAGAUGCCCUCAGAUUGCUGGUGGCCAAAAAUGAGUCCAAAUCAAUGGGGAAGAGCUCAGUGAUCACGUGCUGAGUGGAAGGAAGGUUUCAUUGGAGGCUUCCCCAUGUGACCUUUGACCCUCAGAAGGGAGCUUAAUCUUCUCUCUUUAUCCAACUAAGGAGCUUAGUUGUCUGUCAGUACUUUACGAGACGUGUUCCUCAACCAAAGGAUACAAGACACUUGACUGUUUAUUUUGUUUUGGUGAAUAAUCACUCCUCACUGAGUAUUUUAAAUGAAGCUUUACUGUACAUAGAAUGAACAGGCGGACACUCAAAGGAGGAUGAAACCACUAGACUCAAUCCACUAUUGCUCAAGUCUUCUCUGAAGCACCCUUUUUGAAUGAAUGCAAAUUCAAACGCAAACACUACAUGUGUAUCAACAACAUGGUCCAGACAGCUUUGCAGAAGUGUUUUCUGUUGCCCCUUUUCUUGUCAGCAUGUGAAUAAAUCUGCAUGGUGAGCUGUCCUUCGUACCCAGAAAACACUGGGUUUGGGAGAGUAGAGAAGAACAGCGGUUAAGGCAGUUGUAGCGAGCAGGGUUGAGCUAUUUGUGUCUUCAAGGCCACUAGCUACUGACUACAAAUGGAUAGUGCACAGCAUUCUGUCUGAAGAUUGCUCACCUUUACAAAUGCCAAAACCCAUAAGAACUUAUGCAAAUAUACAUUUUUAUAGAACUGUAAAUUAUAAUGUAUUUUUUGAGUAAAAACAAUGACUCAUCCUUAUGUCGUAGUGGCUGUAUACUUUGGAUAUUUACUGAAGUGCUAUUAGUGAAAUACUUUCCGAAGCACUACAGUAUAACGGAAGGUUGUCAUGGACUCUAUGGUUAUCUAUAAGGCAUUUCAGUGGAUCUCAGUGAUAAUCUAAUAUAGAUUCCUGGAGGUAUCAAAACCUCACUGCUAAACAUCUCUGACUUUUCCCAUGUGGUGACAGUGACACUCUAACUUAUGACUGUUUAUGAAAUGUUUAUAAACAAAUUACUCUUUAUGACAGUUAAGUCAACUAUCGCUCUUAACAGUGUUAAGUCUUCAAUUUUAUUGAUGACAAAUAAAAGAGUAUUCCAUUUUUUUAUACUUAUAUUGUCCAGUAUUUUUGAACAUAUUAAAUAAAUGUUAUUUAGAUUUUAAAGCAAAAUGAGAGCUCCAAAAUUCCUGAGUUAUUCCCCAAUCCCUACAUUG